GCUGAGAAGAGUUUUCGCAGCGAAUGGACUAAUCCUCACAUAUAGUGUCGCCUGGGACAGAUCAAAACACCGUCACAUAGACUGCUGCAUUCAGCUGAAAAGUAUGUCGGGGGCACAGAUUCUGCUGUUCCUGAAGAGUUUGUCACGAAGGAAACCACUGGAGCCUGAGGGGGAAGUGUCCAACUUUCGCCGGUGCCUGACCACCCUUGACCUGGUGGCUCUGGGGGUCGGCAGCACACUGGGGGCCGGUGUGUACGUACUGUCGGGAGAAGUGGCCAGGGCCGUGGCCGGGCCCAGUAUCAUCAUCUCUUUCCUGAUAGCAGCAGUGGCCUCAGUAUUUGCCGGACUGUGUUACGCUGAAUUUGGAGCUCGUGUUCCCAAGACUGGCUCUGCUUAUCUCUACAGCUAUGUGACUGUGGGGGAGAUAUGGGCUUUUAUCACCGGCUGGAACCUGUUGCUGUCUUAUGUCAUAGGGACAUCUAGUGUAGCCAGGGCAUGGAGUGGAACCUUCGAUGACCUCAUUGGAAAUGUCAUCGCCAACUCUCUGGGUAAACAGGCUGCGAUGGACUUACCUGGAUUAGCUCCCUACCCAGACUUCUUUGCAGCUGGCCUCAUAAUGCUCUUGGCAGGGAUUCUUGCGUUUGGUGUGAAAGAGUCAGCAAUCGUAAAUAAGAUCUUUACUGCAGUCAACAUCGUGGUGUUGCUGUUUGUUAUCCUCUCUGGCUUCAUUAAGGGGAACAUCAACAACUGGUAUAUCGGCGAAGAUUCUCUCUUGAAUGCAUAUGAAAACCUCACAUCACUGAAUGAAACAUCUGGAUAUGGCAGUGGGGGAUUUUUCCCCUUUGGCCUUGAGGGAACAUUAGCAGGAGCAGCUACUUGCUUUUAUGCUUUCGUCGGAUUUGACUGCAUUGCUACAACAGGUGAAGAGGUUCAAAACCCUCAGAAGUCGAUCCCACUUGGCAUCGUGGCGUCUCUCCUCAUCUGCUUCUUGGCCUAUUUUGGUGUGUCUGCCGCCAUGACUCUCAUGAUGCCGUACUAUUUGCUCAGUGUUAACAGCCCACUGCCUGUAGCCUUUACAUACAUCGGUUGGGGCCCUGCAAAAUAUGCAGUGGCUGUGGGAUCCCUCUGUGCACUGUCCACCAGCCUACUAGGAUCGAUGUUCCCGAUGCCUCGUGUUGUCUUUGCUAUGGCCAGGGAUGGACUUCUCUUCACACCUCUCAGUAAAAUUAGCGAAAGACAAAGUCCUGUCAUAGCUACCCUGGUUUCAGGGGUUGUAGCAGCUAUCAUGGCAUUAUUGUUUGACCUGAAGGCUCUGGUUGACAUGAUGUCAAUUGGAACUCUCUUUGCCUACACACUUGUUGCCAUAUGUAUCCUCGUACUAAGAUAUCAAGCAGGCCUCAGUGAGGAUUCAUGUCUCAGCAAACCAGAGCCCUUUACCAUUAGUGAACUAUUCUGUCCUCCUUCACUAGCCACCACACGGACAUCAAAAAAUGUGUCUGUUCUCACUGUUUUUACGAUCUUUUUAGCCAUCAUCCUAAGCCUCUUCAUAACAGGGGCUGUCGACUCCCUGCAGGCCGUUGAGUGGUGGAGUUUACUUUGUGUCACUGUGAUCGUGUUGAUUCUGGUCCUUAAUACCGUGAUCAUCUGGAGACAACCACAAAGUAUCACAAAAGCUGCUUUCAUGGUUCCCUUUGUUCCAUUGCUUCCUAUUUUCAGCACCACUGUCAAUGUCUACCUUAUGGUUCAACUUGGAUCAGACACGUGGAUCCGCUACGCAGUGUGGAUGGCAGUAGGUUUAAUCAUCUACUUUUGCUAUGGUGUGCGGCACAGUGUGCAGAAACAAAGACUUCAAAGUUCCCACCACCGAGUCAGUAUUCACAGCAUCACCACUACUAUAGUGCAAAACGUUGAACCAGAACACGAUAGCAAUGGCUAAACAGUGAUUGAUGAACAUUCACUGGGCAAAAUAAAAUGCUUUAAUUAAAAUAUGGCCAGUUCAGAAGGUUAGGAAAGCAUUUCAGUCUUGACCUCUGACCUAUUUUUUAGUUUAGUCUAUUUUUUUUGAUUUAAUAAUUUGAAAAGGGCCAGUAUAUGUAACUGACACUAACAGUAUCCCUUUCAUAUUGUGUUUUCAUUCAUCGGUUUCACUCCACAUUCCUGUGGUGUGCAAGGAGUCACUUUCAGUGGCAAAGUGCCACAUUUCAAGUACUUACUAUAUGAUGAAUUUGUAUAAAUACCAGAAGGAAAACGUUUUACAGUUUUGAUUUUAAAUACUGUGAAUAAACAUGGCUGUUGCAAUGUGUAAUGAAUAGAAAUUAAUAAACCACAUUAGGUCAAAUUACAUUUUAGUAUCUAAGUUGCCUGUGUUUUGCCUUAGCCUUGUGUUACCCAUUGCGCCUAACAUUAUAUUUAGCUUAAUGCUGUAUUUGUAUCAUCUCUUGUUAUUAUGGAUAAUGCGCCAUUUUUGUGAUGUGCACAUGAAAUACACAUGGCAAGCAAGUCCACCUUCUG